AUGGCGAAGGACCUGCUCCGCCGAGUGUGGUACCUCUCCCUCGGUGUUACGUUCGGGUAUUUCCUCUCGGUACUAACGGGGCAUGUGGACACGUACCGAGCGGCCACGCAGCAGGUUACGUCAGGCAGACUACCCGUCUACGUGUCGUCUGAUUUUCGGGGAAGGCGAGUGAUGAAGAGGGGGAUGACAUCAGACCAGUUUGUUCGUUUGCAGCAGGAAUUUGAAGGAACCAAUGGCUUGGAAGCAAUAGGUGAUUGGACAGACGCAGAAAAGGGGAUCAUAGAAAGGCACCACGCGAACCUACGUCACGUGGGCGUGGCCCAGCAACUGGUGAACAAGAUUCGCGUUUUAUGCUGGGUCCUGACGUCACCUAAAAACCACCUGUCCAAGGCAAGGCACGUGAAAGCCACGUGGGGGAAAAGGUGCAGCAAACUUCUCUUCUUCAGUACCAAAGCGGACAGUCGGCUUCCCACCGUCGUCAUAGAAACGGGAGAGGGGCGGGACUUCUUGUGGGGAAAGGCCAAGGCCGCCAUACGUCACAUACACGCCCACUACCUGCAGGACGCUGAUUGGUUCCUGAAGGCUGAUGACGACACCUACGUCAUCAUGGAGAACCUCCGUUUCAUGCUGUCCGACUAUACCCCGGAUGCGGCGAUGUAUUUCGGCUUCAGGUUCAAAACGAUCGUGAAGCAAGGGUACAUGAGCGGCGGGGCGGGGUAUGUCAUCAGCCGGGAGGGGGUCAACAGAUUCGUACAAGGGUUAAACGUUCGAGGAAAGUGCAAGGAGGGCCCAGGUGGCGCUGAGGACGCUGAGUUGGGGAAGUGCAUGCAGAACGUGAGGGUGAGGGCCAUGGACACCCGGGACCAUCUCGGGCGCGAGCGGUUCCACCCGUUUGACGUCAGUGCCCACCUGCAGGGCGCGUUUCCCGAGUGGUUUUACAGAUACAGCUUCUACAACGUGUCCAAGGGGUUGUCAUGCUGUUCGGACUACUCCAUCAGUUUCCACUACGUGCCGUGGGACCAGAUGUACGUGCUGGACUACCUGCUGUACCACCUCCGGCCGUACGGCAUGUGUGACGACUCCGCACUCACAACGUCAAAGGCGACUCUUGGACAGUAAGAUCAAACGCGGACUCAACUAACCCCUCCCUCACCACGCGCAUGCA